UUUACUCCACCCCUUUCAGUUCAUCCUAUAAACUUUGUAACGUUUUCUGAGAGCCUCUGUGACAUUCAGUAGUUUCCUGCUGGUUCACUCUUUGCCUUAUAUUUGAAAGGACUGCUUCCUUAGCUCUGGCUGCCUUUUUACAGCACCACUGCAACGCAACAGCAUCCUCACCUCCUGAAAUCUAUUCCUGUUGCUGCCAUUAGCCUGCAGUCUUCACUUCCAACCCACAAAAGCCAUCAGGAUGGAGAGGGUGCAGCACAUGACGCGGUCAGCGAUUCGGAGGGCAUCCAACAUCGAAGUGAACCCGCAGACCAAGCGCAACUUACAAGAUCUUAUCAUCAACUUCUCCCUCAUCCUCAUCUGCCUCCUGCUCAUCUACAUAAUCGUCUUGCUCAUGUGACACCAAAAGAAGACAAACGGCCAAUCAGAAGAUGAGUUGUGCAAUAUCUUAGACAAUUUGAGGGAAUUGGAGGUCCUACUGAUGAUGCAGCACAUGUCAAUUUCCUGAAAUGAUGCAAGGUUUAGAAUGAUGGCACUGACCUUUCUCCAUUUAUGUUUCUUGUGUUCUUCCUACAACAAAAAGCAUGUUUUGCCUGUGAAUGGCAAAGAGUGUACAUUUAAUUUUGUUAUUUUAAAUGUACCUAUGUUAUAACAUUUUAAAAGUAGAAAGUAGACCUCGCCAAACUGCACCACUACCAUCACCAAAUGAAGUUGCAAAACUAAUGACUGUUUUCAAACAGGUUUUCCAAACACUCCACUUAUAUGCUCUUGGUUGGACAAACAGACAGUUCUGCCCCAAACGUAUGCCACUGGUCGAGCCAAUGUUUUAAAAGCGCCACAAAGCCAGUGUUUACACUUUUCAGGGGAAUCGACAUACAAAUGGCUUACUUAUCUUUACAUUUAUCUGGGGCAGAAGGAAGUUUCAACAAUAAAAAAUACACAUUCACAGCCAUCUGAAUUGUGAACA